AUUAAAUUAAAUGGAAAUUAAAUAAAAAAUUUUCCCUCAAAAUCAUUUUGCUCGUGGGAAUAGGCCCACCUUAAACUUUCGAGAGCAAAAAUCCCUACAUUUUCUGGAACGCCCAAAUCUUGAUUUCAGGAACCCCCAUCCCAUCUCUUUAGCUCAGAAGGCAAUUUGAGAGAAAUGGAUGGUGAAAAGAAAAAUGUACCAAGUAUUUCCAAGGGGUUGCUACAGAGUGAAGAACUGUAUCAAUAUAUACUGGAGACAAGUGUGUAUCCCCGCGAACCUGAGCCUUUGAAAGAGCUUAGAGAUGUCACUGCUAGGCAUCCAAGAGCUGGAAUGGGUACUGCUCCUGAUGCAGGUCAAUUAAUGGCCUUGCUCUUGAACCUAGUUGAUGCCAAAAGAACAAUUGAGAUUGGAGUCUUCACAGUUCUGAAAACGGUUAAAAUACUUAAGCAAGCUUGCAUGCAGGUGAAUCAUCUUGACUUACAAUCCCGACGGCAAUAACAUUCUGAAUUUCUGGACAUUAAAAACAGGGGGUUACUUGGUACAUUUUUCUGAUACUUUUUUCAAUUGCUCAUAUGUGUUAAUUGGAGUUUGGUAUCUCUACUCUACAUCAAUAUUAGGUGUGGGAUUAUCGUAACGCUGUUAGAUUCAAGUUGUUGUCAGUUGAAUACUUCUGUUUCAUCAACAUUUUGUACUGUAAUCCAUAUGGUAUGUCUUUCUGUUUCACUUGUUCUAUUCAGUCGGACCUAAUUAUUAGGAUAUGUGGUUUUAAUUUAAUCAGGAUUUCCUUCGUUGUGAAAAAUAAAUGUGGGCCUCUUCAACUUAGCAAUGGUAUUCAACGUUUUGUUUCAAUUUUACCUCUUUUAUUGAAUGCUUUUAAUAAAUUUUUUAUUACACA